AUGGCAGACCCUUGUCCCGGCAUUCUCUACUCAAUUCUAUGGGCCCUCCUGAUCAUCUUCGUUGCUUGGCCUGUGGCGGGAUUUCUAGCCGGCAUCUACGUCUUCCUCCUGCCCUUUGGGGCUUGCAUUACACCACUUGAGCAAUUUCUGGAACAAAUGCUGGAGUUCAUUAAACUUCCAUUAAUUUGGGCUAAAAAAUGUGUCAGCAUGACACCGAUUACUGACUGCAGUAUGUAG